GCGCGCGGGCAGGGGGGCGGCCAUUAUCUCCCUGUCGGGGCGCGCGGGGCCGAGCCGCGCGGGGCCCGUCGCCUGCCGUCCCGCGGUUGCCAUGGCGACCGCCUAGGCCCCUCGGGCAGCGGCGCGGCCUAGCCCGGCGGGCGCAACCCCGGCCUCGCGUAGCGCCAUGUCCCUGGUGGCCUACGCCAGCAGCGAGGAGGAGAGCGAGGCGGAGGCAGAGGAGGAGGCCCCGCCGCUGCCGCCGCCGCCGGCCCGCGGGCUCUUCUCCGCCCUGCCGCCGCCGCAGGCGCUGGGGCCCGGCUUCCCGCUGCUGCCGCCGCCGCCCUUCCUGCUGGGCCCCCCCUUCGGCGCGCCCCCGCCCGGCCUGGCCCUGCCGCCUCCGCCCCGCGCCCCCGGCCCCGGCCCCGGCCUCGUCCUGCCGCCCCCCGCCGAGCCGGGCCCCGCCAAGACCAAGAAGCGCGGCGAGCCCGUGCGCAUCGCGGCCCCCGAGCUGCCCCGGGGAGAGUCAGAUUCCGAGGAAGAUGAACCAGCAAAGAAGAAGAAUAGUCUUCAGGGUCGUGGCGAGGGCUCCGGUUUGUCUGCUCUGCUUCCUCAACCCAAGAACUCUACAGUGAAAGAGACAAAUCGGGUACUUUUGCCCUACGCUUUCACGCGGAAAGCAGCAGAGAAUGCCCCUGAGUCCAAACCGGCCAGGGCCCCAACCUCCUCCUCUAAGACAAAACCCCUGUUCAAGCCAGCAGUGGCCACGACCCCUUCGCCGUCUGCUAUCAAAGCAGCUGCCAAAAGUGCUGCCCUGCAGGUGACCAAGCAGAUCACCCAGGAGGAAGAUGACAGCGACGAAGAGGUGGAGCCCGAGAAUUACUUCUCCUUGUCGGACAAGAGCGAGCCCAGCGUGGUCAGCACGGAGGCAUACGUGUACUCUGGCACUGUGGUGACAGAGGACCCGCCCCCUGGCACAGAACCAGAGCCCCAGUUCCAGGAUGCUGCUGCAAAUGCCCCUCUGGAAUUCAAGACUGCCGUGGGUUCGAGCUCCACACAGCACAGCUGGGCACCCAAGCCUGGUGAAGAGUAUGGUGACCAGUCAUACAAUCAGUUCCCUGGCUACAGUGAUGCCAAUGCUACUGGUGCUUACUACCAGGAUUACUACAGCAGUGGCUAUUACCAGGAGAUGGAGCCGGCCCAGGGACCGCCACAAGAGACUGGCAGUGACUCCUCCUUCAUCGACGAUGAAGCGUUCAAGCGUCUCCAAGGCAAGCGGAACCGAGGGAGGGAAGAGAUCAAUUUUGUGGACAUCAAAGGAGACGAUCAGCUGAGCGGUGCCCAGCAGUGGUUGACCAAAUCCUUAACGGAGGAGAAGACCAUGAAGUCUUUCAGCAAGAAAAAAGGAGACCAGCCCACUGGGCAGCAGAGGAGAAAGCACCAGAUCACGUACCUGAUUCACCAGGCAAAGGAGCGAGAACUGGAAUUGAAAAAUACGUGGUCCGAAAACAAACUCAGCCGGCGCCAGACCCAGGCCAAAUAUGGAUUUUAGCACCUCUCCCCCUGGGGGUAGUAGCCCAGGUGACCUGCUGUGUCAGAUCCCUCCCGGCCCCCCGGGAAGUGACGAGGCCCCUGGACAGAACCCUGUCUGCUGCGUGGGUGAGAGGAUACAGCACUCCCCUGGCCACCAGGAGCAGGGUUUAGUGCGAGCCAUGUCUGUAACCCAAUGCUCUGCGCUUUUUAUUUUGAACGACGGUGUAGAAGGUUCCAAUCACGUCUGGUCCGUGCAGCUAGGGAUGCCGUCGCAAAGAGCUGCUGGCUCAUCCGGAGAGAACACCGCUGGUGCCAGGUUGGGAGCUCUCGCCCUGUAGGUACACAGACCUCCGUCUUUCUCUCUUCCAAGUCGCUGCCAGAACUGUAGGCAGAGCCUCCAUCUGUUUCCAACUCCACCGUCGCUCCGUUCCGAAAGGCAGCGGGAGGGGGUUUGCAUUGAAAGAGCCUUUCAAGUUUCCCCCCCUUUUUUUUCUGUACCUGAGUGGAUACACAGCUCCUCAUGUGCUUGUGAUGUUGGCAGUUUUCAGAUGUGGCUGAUCUUUUGUGUUUGCUUCCCUAGCCACCUCUGCUGGCAACUCACACUGAGGGGAAACGACUACUUGUUUUCCAAGGGCUGCUGGCUAGCAAAGCGGUGUUGAGUUUGUUUGAAAACCAUGCAAAAAAUCUCCCUGUGCAUGGAUUAUGCAGGAGACCUGAACGUUUUUUUUUUUUUUUCUCUGCCAGCACAAAAGCUGCUGUAAGCUCUCAGAUCUCUGAAUGUUGUCUCUGUUUCUCCCCGUCCCCGCCCCUCCGAACCACAGCCCACAAUGCUGUAAAAGGAAGAAAAAAAAAAUCUGCUCUAAAUACUAGUUGAAUUCAAGUAUUUCUGGUCACAUGGUGCGUUAUAGCUGACAGUGAACUCAGUUCACUGAGGCAGACAGCAGUAUUUCCUGUAAUCAAACCUAGGUAGAUGCUGCCUGCUGUUUAUCUCUCUGUGCCUAUCGGCCAGUCUCUAUCACUUCUACUUCCUGCUGAAGCCUCGCAUUUGGUUUCUGUCUUAGCGCCACCCACCUGUCUGGAAUCAGGAGACGGCAUCUAGACUUCAAAUGUGGUUGGCAAACACUUUGCAAACGAGAAUCUCUUUGUUUUGUGGAGUGCGAUGGGCUACCUGCAGCACUGGCAUGGAGGCUGGCAAACCUGUAACCAUCGCACAGGCCAACGUUCCGUGUCUCUGUGUCUCCAGCCAAAUUUUGGUGGCCUCCCCAUAUUGCUUUUUUUUCCCCCUUUUUGUUCUUCUAUCCCUGUACAAUGCUGAAACAAGGAGGGCGCUAGUCCCGUUAUUUAACAGACAUUCCCGACACUAAGGUUUUAUUGGUUGUAACUGCAAUUAAAACAGCUAAUCUUAGUGAUUCCAGCCUGGAAAACUCCCAAAGAGGUCUUUUCUUUGCUCCCUUGUUCCCUGUGUUAAAGGGGUGGGGGGGGAAAGUACCUGGUGAAUGAAGUCUUAGGGUCUUUUAAAAUCUGAUUUCUAGUUUAGCUCCCCGGACGUUUUAGUAACUUGCAAAGCCCCGUUUUGAGUAUUCUGAUGACCUGAAUAAAGUUACUGUUGAGUAAUUUAUUCAUAUAUGUACAGUGAAAUCCUCUGGAAAGAGAUUUGAUAAAGGAAUAAAACUUUUAAAUGAACCAGA